GCCGGAGCCGCUUGCGCCGCGCGGGGGAGAUUGCGAAGCGAGGGAGCAGGAGAUGAAAGAACGAGUUAGGAAGGUGACGGGCAGACGAUAUCGGGUGCAGAAGCGAGGGAAACGAGGUCAGGCCGCGGAGAAAAGUGAGCGUUCGCACACGAGGAGACGUCGCAAGAAAAUGCAAAAUGAAGGAGGCUGCGUGAGAAGCAGAAGCAGCGCAGCGGGAAACGUGGACAAAGCCGUCGUCUCUCUGCUCUCCGUCGAUCUGAAAAUACGCCAAGUGGAGGAGGAAGAAAGGGAGCGAGAGAGGACAGAAAGGAGGAGAGAGCCUUGAAAACGAGUCCUCACCCACCGGGGUCAGAGACCAGCGCGAUCGCACGCCGGGAAAAAAAGCAAACAAAGUGCAUUUGGAACUUUCUGCCGAGCUGCCGCGAGCCAACUUCCCUUUAAAACGAAACCAUUUUCAAAAACGAGCCACGUGGAUUUCGUACACGUGUCCGAACGCGCGAGUGGGCCGCACGUAUCCCGGCAGGCCGCACUCCCACAGCACCCGAUCGGUUGCAUCGAUCGAAAAAGGGAUCAGUACGACCUACAGAAACCUUUUGGAGUGAAGCGGAAAAGGAGGAGAGCCGGGCGGGAAUGUCCUCGUCGGCGGCGGGGGGGGAGGAGGAGCCGGCGGAGGGACGGACGGGGAAGGAGGAGGUGGCACUCGCUCACUCGCCGGCGGACUCCAGAGCGGCUCCCUCGCGGGUGACGCCCGCUUGGCUGCCGAGCGGAGGAUGGACCCGGGCGCCGCCGAGGUCGUUUGUGAAGGGUGGCUCCGAAAAUCGCCGCCGGAGAAAAAACUUCGCCGUUACGCGUGGAAGAGGCGCUGGUUCGUGUUGCGUAGCGGCCGGCUGAGCGGAGAGCCUCAUGUUCUGCAGUAUUACAAAAACCCGCAUUCCCGACGGCCCAUCAGAACCAUCGACUUGAACCUGUGUGAGCAGGUGGACUCCGGGCUGUGGUUCACCAAGAAGGAAUUGGAGAAGAGCUUCGUGUUCGACCUGAAGACAGAGGCGAGGACGUGGUACCUUGUGGCCGCGUCCGAGGACGACAUGAACCGCUGGGUGGCGUCCGUCUGCCUGCUGUGCGGCUUCAAGCCGACACAAGAAGCCCCUGAAAGUCCUCCCGUUGCCACGGUAACAGCAUCCGCUCCGCCUCCUUACGCCCAUUUGGGAUUGCGCCCCCUGGAGGCCGAUGGUGGUCAUGCGCAGGAGGACUACCUGUGGCUGACGCAAUGCCAGACCCGUGUCAGGCCCCACGAAGGUUCCUCGCCCUCUCGAGAAAGCGACAACGGUGACCACCUUUUGCCUCCUCCCUCUUCCGCCGCCUCCUCCCCCUCCACUCUUGGCAUCAGCCUCCCCCCUCCUUCCUCCAGCUCCCGGAAAGCGCCGUGGGCAGCGAUCCCCCUGACGGGGACCCUCAGCCGGUCUCUGGACUUCAGCGUGACUCCUUACCUCCACAGAGGAGGCGGGAAGCCUCGAUGCCACCCCUCCCCGCACCCCAGGAAGCACUCCCUGGAUUUCCACCUGCGUCCCGUGGCGAUCCCCCUCUGUGAUGCCGCUCCCCGCGGCGGCUACCCGGCGCCUCGCUCGCCACCCGUAACGCAGCCGCUACGCCACUCCUCCACGCCUAGCGUGGCACCGCUAAGCCAGGCCGAACUGUGCGCUUCCACCCCGACCCCUCCGCCGCGGCCGCCCAAGCCCGUCGCCGUUGCAGCACAAGGAGAGAGUCCCACCGGGGGGAACUCGCGUGGACGCUCGCUGUCAGGCAACGACUCGCUAUCCGCCGCUCGCUCGCCGUCUGACCCAGCGAGCGCGUUUGACUUCAGCGACAGCUUCAACAGCUACUUUUUCAAUAAAGGCAUGGUACCGCUGGGCAGCGUUUGCGCCGAAGACGACGACGACGUGGACCAAAACUACGUUGCCAUGAGCGCCGCCGCCACGGAGCCGCCGCUCGCGACACGGCCCUCUGAGGCGUCCGGCCAUCGCCAGGAGACCAACUACGUCCCCAUGACGCCCGUCCCCGCUAGCCUCCCCGCCUCGGCAGACCCGCCGUCUUUUGGCAGGCGGGUGCCGCCACCCGCUCACACGGGAUUCCGUAACGCCCCCCCGACGGCCGUGCCGCCUCCCGUCCACCGCGAUCUGAAGCCGCCGCGCAGCGGGAAACCGGCUCCCCUGCACCUCCCUCCAGUGCAGCGGGAAUGGCAGGAAGUCCCGCCCCCUGUGCGCUCACCUGUCACUCGGACCUUCACCAGAGACCCGUCCAGUCGCCAUUCAGCCAGACCGACCUCCUCGCACAGUUCGUCCCCCUCCUCCGAUUCGGACGAGCCGGGUGACAGCUACGUCGCCAUGACGACCGCCAGUCUGAGCUUCAGCGCAGGGGAACCCUCACUGAGGCUCAUGCGGCACCGGACCUCCGAGGGCGGGGCCAGCGCCCCGUCGGUUCAUCCGGCCACAAGCAACAAACAAGUGGAGUACCUGGACCUGGACCUCCACACGGGGCGAUCAACACCAACGAGACAGAAACGUUGCCCGGACGACGACGGCAGAGGUGACGAGCCGGCCGAUGCCGUGGGGGAGUGCGCCCGUGGCCCGCGCGUGGGCGUGGACUACGUGGUGGUGGACCCCAAGAGGACCAAAGCCCUGAGGAACACCAGGGAGGCGUGGCAUGGCGGGAGGCUGUCCACGGAGAAGUGCACAGCUGAACACAGCUGAGAUUGAAAAAAGUUCCAAGAAAAUAGUUUGCACAAAUGAUUCAAGAUUGGACCAACGGCACAAAUCUGAACCAAUUAAAGAUGAGAAAUGAAGUUUUUAGGGUCACUUCAGCAGUUUACCACCAAAGCUGAUUUUGGGUGUGCGCUCAUUCUGUCAUCUGCGACUUUAUGUAAACAAAAAAUGUGAUUGAAUAAAUCAUCCAUCCAACCGUU